AUGUCGACCGAGGAGCAAAGACCGUUUUUGGACGGCGCGAGCGAAGACCAGAGCUUGAAGGGCUCACAUCUAGCACGUUCGGAAAGGAAUAGAAAUCGAGUUAUCGCGGUUUCGCUAUUUUUCAAUGCGGUGUUACUGGUUGUCUGUGUACUCUUGAGUGUGACGGUGCUGUCCCUCUCAAGCUUCAAUAUACAGAAUGCUAGCCGUCGCCAGGUUGCAGAUCCAUACUCACCGGCUAACGACAUCAUUGAAUAUGAAUACCGCGCAAUGAUACCUAAUGACACGCGGUUCACCGGCCCUCCAGGGCCAGAGUGGGAGCAAUCAAUGCAUGAGUUGAUGGAAGGAACACUACUACGGAUAUCCGAUGACGAGCUGAAGCAAUCCGGUUCUGACUCUAUACCGCUGAAAGAUGGCGGAUACGCAGCGGGCCUGGGAGUUGCUCAUAGCCUUCACUGUGUGAAAAACAUCAAACAAUUCCUAUACCACGAACACUUCUACCCAGACUUGGAUCCAACGGGGGGACAAUUCGAAUAUCUCCGAUCCCACGCAGACCACUGUCUCGACUUCCUACGUCAAGGCAGCAUGUGUCAUGCGGACUACUCCAUGUACACAGUAUACUGGGGAGAGCGCAGACAGGAUAUCCCAACACACCAUGUUCCGAAAGUUCAGAAGUGCGUCAAUUGGGAUAAAUUGCAUAAGUGGAUGUUGGAUCGGGCAGCAUCUACUGAUAUGUUGGUGGGACCAUGA